AUGUCUCGCUAGAGUAUAGAUGACAUUCUCAAUUCAUCAUAGUCUCAUUCUCAAAAUAGUUCUUACUUCUCAUCAGCCCAGAAAAAUGAAGUCAAUUCUAAUGAGUAUGAAUAAAAUUAGCAUAAACUGGGGACAUAUUAGAUGAGGAAUUAAAGUGAGAUUAAGAGUUUUGAUAAUAAAGAGAAUAGAGAACUCUCUUAAAGAUAAUAAGCAGGCAUUCAACAGGAUAAUAGUAAAAUAAUCUAUAGUUUUCACGAGAGUUGGAAUGAUUUUAAGAGUAAGGCAAAUCACAAUAGUGUUGAUUAAGAGGAUGAAAAUCAUAAUCAAAUGUCAAUGCAUAUGAUGAAUAAGUCCAACAUAGCUAAUCAUCCAUCUUCUUCAAAUAAGAAAUAGUUGAGUGAAGUUUAGACUUCUUGUCCAGCCAAAGUAUUUAAAAAUUACUCCAAUGUCUUUGCGGAAAUAACUAAGAAUGUUAUAGGAGAGAUUCAAGACUCUGAAAGUGAUAUGGAUGACGAUUCUAAAUCUAUUUAAUCAGAUAGCAAAUCUCAAGAUCAGUCAUCCAUCAUUCAAUAAAAAAUCAUUGAAGAUGCUCGUAAAGCCUUCAAUGACAUAACCAUAAACAAAAUGAAUCAGAGCUAGUUAAAUCAAAAUUAGAUUCAAAAUACUCAGAUAAAUUCAAGUAACAUUAACAACAACAACAACAACAACAAGAACAACAACAACAACAGCAAUUAGGUCUAUUAGUACAGUUCAAAUGAGAGCUCAAUGAUGAUUGAACAAAAUAAAUAGGUAAUAAACAAAGCAUUCGAUGACUUUUUCCAAAAGUUAACCACUGACUUGGGUUCUGAUUAAGUGCCUUACCAGGACAGUGACUCAGAUGUUACUUCUACUUCAAUGAUAUUUACUUAGCAACAGUUAAAUCAGAUGAAUUAGGAGUAAAUAUUGAUUCAUGCCAACUCUGUACAUGAUAGAAGCAAGAAUUUAAUAGCUACAAUUGAAGAAGACUUUGAUGGUGAAAAUAUGCAGUCUGAAAUAUCUACUAAUAGACUGGGCUUCCCAAUCCAGUCAUAUCGCAAGGAUCAGCAAAACUAUGAUAAUUUUAUGGAUAAUAACACUAAUCAUCACACUUUUAGACAGAAAAACGUUAGAUAAAGCAAGGAAAGUAGCGAAAGACUCAAUAAUGAUCAUUCAUCAUCUCGAAUUAGCCAGAUAAGUAACACUAACAAUACUGCUCAAAAGACCCCACCACCUUUGAACCUAUUUAGAUAACCUAAUAAAAGUCCCUCAGUUUCACCUCAUAGAUAUCAAAACUACAUUCCUUAGAAUAGACACAACAAUAACGAUGAUUCCUAAGAAAGCAGUAAUAACUCAACUCCUGGCAAGCACCUUGACUUCAAAAAUGUGAAUGUAGAUCUAAAAGUCUAAGCUAACUUGAAUCAGAGAUUUCAAAUGCAAAACAAGAUAUAGAAUUUGCAUCUGUUAGACAAUGACAAUAAUGAAUUAAAUUUUGAGGUAUUCUAUUCAGGCAAGAUUCUUGGUAACUCUUUAAAACUCUUCAAUUCAAGCUAAAAUAACUACCUCAGUCUAUAGGUAUUUGUUGACCAGCAAACUGAAGGCUUCACUAGAUCUGAUCUCUAAAAUAUCUACGGAAUAAGCAUUGAAGAGGAAGAGGUGUUCAAUAGCUAUUAAUCUUUUUAUUUAGAAGAUCCAAAUAGCAGACAACUAGUUUAGGCGACUUAAUUUACAAUUCCACCUAAUUAGGAGUUGAAAUUGAUAGUUGUAUUGCAGAACUAGAUGUUUUUACAAGAAAUGCCUUUCAUGAAUAUCGUAUCUUAACUUGUGAUAACCUGUCCUGACUAACAGCAAAUAUAAAAAGUUAUAGCAAGAGGGAAGUUAUAUCAACCUUAAGUGAGAUGCUUUCUCCCUCUGCAACAAGAAGAGGGAUAUAUCAGCUUAGACAUUAAUUAGGCAGUUUAAAAGUUUGAGCUGAAGUUUAAAAACACAAAUGAGAUUGGAUUCCAACUGCCUCCAUUAAAGUUGCAAUUUACUUUAGUAAACUUGAAUUACUACAGACAUAUUCUGAGUCAGUAAUAAACUGAGCAGCCAAUCCAAAUUGAUUAUGCAAUAAAGAAGAUUUAAAUGGAGAACGGCACUGAGAUGAAACUCAAGAAAACUGAGUUGAAUUUGAAAGACGAGGGGCUUUUGAAAGAAGGGGAAGAUCCUUCAAAGAUUGAAAGAACUUUAAAGAUAAAGGUGACUUAGAAGUACCAGACUCAGAAUAAAAUAGACAUGGCUAUUUUGGUAGGCAAAAUAAUUGAUACUGAUUUGAUUUACUAUUUUAUACUUGAAUCAAGGGUAAAUAUAUGA